GGCGUUGAACAUUAGGUGGCCCAGGGUAGUGUGGGCACGCCAGGGAGCUAUGUGGUGACAUACGGGGUGUAUGCUGGAUGAUGAGAGCUCGCUGAUGUGGCAUAUUAAGCCGUGGUGGAACCGCAUUCUGCUGUUGGUUGUGCCAAGGCAAAGACCGGUCAUCAUAAUUGCACAUCAGGUUGCCGGUGAGAAAUCUGUGGUUGGGGGCAGCAUUUAUGAACCCACAGGCGUGGUGGAAAGGGAGGUUGUCCAUGCAAGAGAGGUUGUCCCAGGUAGCAAGGUGCCUAGAGGACGAAUCUAUAGGAUGUCUCCUGUGGAGUUAGAUGAGCUUCGCCGCCAGCUCAAGGAGCUCACAGAGAAGGGAUGGAUUCGGCCUAGUAACUCCCCUUACGGCGCUCCAGUCCUAUUCGUACCGAAGAAGGGAGGUACCUUGAGGAUGUGCAUUGACCAUAAGGGCCUCAAUGCCAUCACCAUUAAGAACGGGGAGCCCCGACCCCGCAUCGACGACCUCUUGGAUAGAGUGCAGGGAUGUCGGUACUUCACCAAGAUAGAUCUGAAGUCCGGAUACCAUCAAAUUGCCAUUAGGCCUGAGGAUCAGCACAAAACCGCAUUUCAGACCAGGUACGGUCUGUACGAGUUUGUGGUGAUGCCCUUUGGACUAUGCAAUGCACCUGGUACGUUCCAACACGCGAUGAACAUGAUUUUUCAUGACUACUUGGACAAGUUUAUCGUCGUGUACCUCGAUGAUAUUCUCCUCUUUAGUAGGACUGUAGAGGAGCACGCUGAGCACUUGAAAACAGUGCUAGGUCUCCUAAGACAGCACCAAUACAAGGUUAACUUGGAGAAACGCGAGUUUGGUCGCACCAAGAUCCUGUACUUGGGUCAUGAAAUAUCAGCAGAUGGAUUGAGGCCGGAUGAUGCUAAGGUGGCCAGCAUACGUGACUGGCCCAGACCUCAGACUGUUACUGAGGUCAGAUCGUUUUUGGGGAUGACGGGCUACUAUCGUCCGUUUGUGAAGAACUAUAGUACUAUAGCUUCCCCAUUGAUAGAUCUAACUCAAAGACAACCCACUGCAGCACCUGGCAGCAUAGACUUUGUUGUCAAAUAUGAGCAGAUGCUGCAGCAGGCCGUUGAACAUAUUAGGAAGUCUCAGGAUGCUAUGAUUGCAUCUGAGAAUAAGCAUAGACGGCCCUCUAACUUUCAGGUAGGUGAUAGAGUCUGGGUAAAGUCAUCUGAACUAGGUCAGGAGAUGGGUAUAUCCAGAAAACUGAUGCCACAGUAUUUUGGGCCCUGGGAGAUCUUGGACAUUGUAGGGGAUCAACCAGAUGGGCCUUCAUACGUGAUCCGUAUUCCUGCACACCUACGCACUUACCCUGUGUUCCAUGCUUCCAAGUUGGCACCUUUCGCUGCUACGGAGCAGUUUCCUUCAAGAAGAUCAAUGCUGCCCCCAACCAUGGACGGCGAGGUGGACAUCGAUCAGAUUGUGGAGCAUCAAAUGAUGCCUGUUCCUCGACCAUCACGCACAGGGCGCCCUCCUAAACCGAGAAUGCAGUAUCGUGUGAGCUUCAGACAUCACCUCGAUCCCAAGGAAGAUCGCUGGUUCACACGAGAGGAACUCAUGAGAACAGCACCUCAAGUGAUUGCAGGCUAUGAAAGAGAACGAAAAGGGAAGAUGCCUGCAGAGUAAGAGACUUCUCAGAGGACUAACGAAGUAAAGGAGGAGGGAAUGC